AUGCAUUCUAAAUGCUUUGAAACUGCAGCAAAAUUGUUCGUUAUUGAGCGUAAGUCUUGGAAGUGCAGGAGCUGCACAACCAAACUCAAACCACCUUUGGCCUUCCCUGUCUCGGAUCUUGCAGUAGUCCAGCUGGAAGUUGACCAUUUGAAGCGUGAAAUCGACCUGUUAAGUAACCUGAAUGGAGAAUUGAAAUCUAAUAAUGAUUUAUUGAAAGAAAAGAUUCAUCCAUGA